AAUAACAGGGAGUUUGUAGUCCCCAACAUGCCAACCAGGAGUAUGUACAAAACCGCUGUGACAACACAUUCCCAUCACAUCAGACGACACGAGCAGCAGCAGACAUGGACUUCAACGGCACCUGGAAAGUGUACGAAGAGGAAAACCUCGAGGAGUUCCUCAAAGCAGUCGAUGCUCCUCAAAUGAUUGUCAAAAUGCGGAAGGAAGUUAAACCGGUGACGGUGAUUGAGCAGAACGGCAAAGACUUCACCUUCACCCUGAAGACUCCUGUCUGCACCAAGACCCACUCGUUCAGCAUCGGAAAGGAGUCUGAGAUCACCGGUGUGGACGGCAGGAAGAUUAAGUGCACUGUCAGAGAGGAAAAUGGGAAGCUGAUUGCUGUAUCUGACAAAUUUACUUCCGUCCGAGAGAUCCAGGGGGACGAGUUGAUUGAGACGGUCACUGCUGGCUCUGUGACGUUCAUCUGUAAAAGUAAACGAGUCUGAUCAGCACCGGGCAGCUCACCACUACCUCUCAGCCAUGCUCAGCUUCAAGCUAGUGGCCUUCUUUAAAUAAUACAGUGAUGAAUGAAAAGAAAAAGUAAAAUAAAAAAUAUUUAAUCAAAUAAA